AUGUCUCAAUCCUCCUCUCAGACCCCAGACAGCUGGAUCGGCACGUUCUGCAACUUGGUGGGACACGAAUAUUUUGCCGAAGUCAGUGAGGAUUUUAUCGAAGAUGAUUUCAACCUGACGGGGUUGCAAGCGCAAGUUCCGAUGUACAAGGAGGCUUUGGAGAUGAUCCUGGAUGUCGAACCGUCGGAUACAAACUCGUCAGCACUAUCGGAAGAGGAGGAGGAGGAAGAAGAGGAGGACGAUGGUAUUUUAGGAGACGAGUUGGACGAGCCUGCAGCCAACCAGAAUGGGGCAGCGAGGCGACAAUCUGGUGUUUCUUCAACGGGCCGACGCCACGGCCGGACCUCAUCUGACGCUUCGGUCAUUGAAUCCUCGGCAGAACUUCUCUACGGACUGAUUCACGCUCGAUACAUCACUUCUAGACCGGGCAUCCAGCAGAUGAUGGAAAAGUACGAAUUGUCGCAUUUUGGAUUCUGCCCGCGCGUCUAUUGUUCCGGAGCAAAGGUGCUGCCAGUGGGCUUGACAGAUACUCCAGGUCAACAGACCGUCAAACUCUUUUGUCCUAGCUGCCUGGAUGCGUACACACCCCCGAACUCUCGAUUUCAAGCAGUCGAUGGGGCCUUUUUUGGGACAACCUUCCCUUACCUGUUCUUUAUGACUUAUCCGGACUUGGACGUUGCGCCCCUGAAGAAACGCUCGACUCGAGAUGCAGCGCAAGGAAAUGAUGACAUUGAAAGCACCUUGAGCCCCACCGAACCCAACGCAACACGGGCUGGUAUGACUGUCAGCAGAAGUUCUAGCCUGACAUUGCCACAGACUCCCUCAAUUCCAGGCGUUGCUCAAGCCAAGGAUGAAAAGUCAUCUGUGACGCUCUCCACGUUACCUCCUCAGCCGCCCGCGAUCAACGGGAUAGCAACGCACAAUCUUGCCCCAGGUCUAGGGAAGGGAAAGAUCUACGAGCCUAAGAUCUAUGGGUUCCGGGUGUCGGAGCGAGCGAAAAGUGGACCGAGAAUGAAGUGGCUGCGAUCCAAGCCCCUCGAUAUUAACGAACUCGACGAGGCAAGGAUCUGGCAUGAACGAUACGGUGGGACAUUGGAUGGUGAUGAUGAUAUCCCUGCCGUUUCUGAACAGCAGGACAAUGAAGAUGCUGCCGAGGACGAGGAAGAAGAGGAGGCAGAUCCGGAUGGCGACGCUAUCAUGGCCAGCCAGGGUCAAGCUCCAACCAACAACAGAGCGAAAUCAAAACGACUGCCUGACGGUGAUGGUGAUGCGACGAUGACAACUCAGGGCCAAGGACAAAAGCGUGGCAAGGCGAGACGCAAGUCGACGACCACCAGGAAUCAAGGUGUAGAGGUAUCGGCACAACAGUUAGGACAACAACAAGCAGGCAGCAAUUGGAUAUGA